CAGACCAUUUUAAAAUCAUUCAGACUUUGCAUGCGGAUUGUCUCUUUAUGUGUGCACAUCUAUAUCAUUGUGCUAAAUAAACUUUACCCUGCUUGUUAGCUUUGGAGGGUUUCCUUUCAAUUACUUCUGAGGAUUUAAUGAAAGAAUGGCAGCAAUACAGCUUGGAUUUUUACUUGUUCCGUUUUUACAUGCAUCAGAAUAGAAGCACAAUAUAUUAUGCAAGAUGCUGAACUUGUGCAUUAUAUAGAUCGCCGAAUUAGCUCAAUGGAGAACCGACUGAACAAAUGCAAUCAAGAUAUAACUGAUUAUGUAGAAGAAUUCCGGCAGUUUCAAAGAAGCUGAUGUCACAUCUAGAAGGCCUCAACGUUCUAAAGACUGUGCUGAAGAAUGAUGUAGACCAUUUGCUAACAAGAGUGGAAAGAGCUCAGAGAGACAUUGACUACUUUGAAUCUGCAAGGUCCCCCAGCCCAUGUGUGGAGAUUGAUGAAGACCUUUUGGAGCAGCAAUUAACAGAAGAACAAGAGUCCAAGACAAAGAUCAAGCUCAUGCUGAAUGCAAGCUGCAACGACAUGAUCACAGGCUUCAAAUCUCUAAAGAUAGUCAAAAGUCGAGAUGCAAUUGGCUCAUGGUUGAAAGACCCUGGCAAGAAUUACCAAAAGAUUUACUUCUUCACCGGAACAAAGAAUAAAAUUGUUAUGGAAUUUGCAAAUAUUCGAUCUUUUGCAGAAAGUGGUGAGAAACAGCUGGCUCGUAGAGUUGCACUACCGUUUCCCUGGCAAGGAACAGGCCAUGCUAUAUAUAAUGGAUUUCUGUUUUAUCAUAAAUAUGGCUCCUUAAAUGAGGUAAUUAAGUUUGAUAUUCAGAACAGAAAUGCAACUGAUCAGAUGCUGUUGUCGGGUGCUGGUGAAAUACCUCCCUACGAACUUCACCCUUCUACUAAAAUAGAUUUAGCUGUGGAUGAACUAGGAUUAUGGGCAAUCCAUGCAGAACCAGAUACUGCUGGAAAGCUUGUGAUUACUAAAAUCAACCAUGAAACCAUGACUGUGGAAUAUACAUGGGAUACAUCCUGCAGAAGCCAGAAUGCAGAAGCUGCUUUCAUGAUGUGUGGUGCUCUCUAUGUUGUAUACAACUCACCAGGGCGUGGUGUCUCUCAAAUAGAAUGCAUUUAUGACACCUUAGAUGUCAUCAGUCCAUAUGAAAACACAGUACUUCGUUUCCCCAAACGUCAGUCAAAUCAUGCUAUGGUUCAUUAUAACCACAGAGACAAACAACUUUUUGCCUGGGAUGAUGGUUCUCAGGUCAUUUACAAGCUCGUGACAAGGUCAAAAAAGUUAAAAAACAUCAGAAUGUGCUCUAUAGCAGCCUAACAACAACUUCUUUCUUUCUCUUUCUUUCU